AUGGGAGCUAUUGACGUGGUGGAGAUCGAGGUGAUCGGUUUGAAGAGGAAAUUGGGACAGAACGGUGUCGCUUUCUUUCUAACUCCCGUCGGAGUUAAUUUCAUUAUUAUCAAGGCUUUACACUCGAAGAUUCUCGCUUAUUCAGAAGAACAUCCGGGUUCUUUCACACAAAUGCUUGAGACCAAGGUGCUAGGACUUAAGCAAAUGGGACAAUUCGGGAAAUUGAAGGAAAGGGUCCUCAAAGACUCAGAUGCCUCACUUUUGAUCGAGUUUGCGAAUGAUGAGGCAAAUCUUCCGACAACAAAU